AACAUUUAUUGAGUGAUAUUAAUAAAUUAUUAACUAUUAAAAUUGCUUCGUAGUAUUUUUAAGUGAUAGUUCAGUGUUUGGGGAAGAAAAUAAAAUAGUUUUUUAAAGUGAUCAUAAAAGUAAAUAUAUCGGAACUGUAAGUGAAUAGAAAAAUGAACCUUUUAAACUAAUUAUGAUUGAAACAAGUGAUAUCCUAAUAGGAAAUAAUGAAACAAGUACGUCACCGGACGAGUUCCCGAUAAACACGACGACUAGUGGCAAGACGUUUGACAAUGUAACAAAUUUUAAAACUAAAUGGACAGACAUCAGUGCAAUAUGUUCGUCGAGCUCGUCCUCCGAAGACUUUCUAUCUUCUACUACAUUUCAAAUAUGCGUAUACUUUAUGUACAGCGCAGUUUUUGUGGUGGCACUUAUAGGGAACGGACUCGUUUGCUUCGUUGUGCAAAAUUCACCGCGAAUGAAAACUGUCACAAACUAUUUCAUUGUUAACUUAGCGGUUGGAGAUAUUUUAAUGACAUUAUUUUGUGUUCCUUUUUCGUUUGUAUCGAUGUUGAUACUUCGGUACUGGCCGUUUGGUUCUAUAAUGUGUAAAAUAGUGAAUUAUUCUCAAGCUGUAUCGGUGUUUGUUAGUGCGUAUACUCUAUUAGCUAUUUCGAUAGAUAGAUACAUGGCUAUAAUAAGACCUCUACGUCCUCGAUUGGGGAAGACGAGCGCCAAGUUGGUCGUAGUCGGCGUGUGGUGUGGAGCCUUGGCCACCGCUGGACCGAUUCCUAUCGUGUCUGAAAUUCAAAGACCUACUGAUUGGCAUCAAAUUUGUAAAGCAGACAUAUGCCUUGAGCGAUGGAGCAAUCCAGACCAGAGCCACCAAUACACGUGCGCGCUAAUGGUUCUACAGUUUCUCAUACCGCUGAUGGCGCUAGUGUGCACGUACGCUCGCAUUGCACACGUGGUCUGGGGAGGCAGACCUCCCGGCGAGGCGCUCUCUGAACGUGAUACAAGAAUGCAACAUUCGAAAAGAAAGAUGGUGAAGAUGAUGGUGACGGUGGUAGCGGUGUUCAUAACGUGCUGGUUGCCACUCAACAUUUUCAUUGCAAGUAUUAUGGACGGUUCAUGAAAAGGACGAGAAAUGGGCGACGUGGGCCGGAAUGCCGUACGUUUGGUUCGCGAGCCAUUGGCUUGCUAUGUCGCAC